AUGUACAAAGGCCAAUUUGCCAAAUGGCGAUGGGCAAAGUACAACAAGUCCGGCAACACCAACGCGACGAAGCCGACCAAGUCUCGUUCCAUGCGAAGAAAAGGGGUGACCUCCUCGGGCUCAGGAAGCUAUAGGAGCAACGGACAUGUGUCGAAGCCAGGAUGCCAGUCAAACUUCAUCUCGCAACCAGCCCAGAUGAUACGCCUCUACUUCCAGAGUGAACCAACUUACCUCGUCGAGUCGACUUUGUUAGCUUACGCCUCUUACAUUGCGCGCUGGGCCGACCCCGAAAGGGAUACUCCGUGGAAGAUGGACGGUCCAAGACUGCGAUUACAUAUCGCCAGCGACGAAAUCAGCGCUGAGGACCACGCCACCGUGUCGUCAAACUCGAUCCUGCAAAACAUAGCUCUAGCGAUCCGCCAUCUUCGAUGCAACAACCCCCAAGGAACAACCAAAGGCGGUGUCCUCCUACGGCACGCCUUCCUCCAAAUCGAAGAAGCCAUCACCUCCGCCGACGAAGGCGACAUACAAGCCAUCUGGGACUGCUGUCUCGCCGUUCCCCAACUCCUCAUCCUCCACAACGCCUCCUCUCCCAGCACCAAACAACCUCCGUCAUCAUCAUCACAAUCACCCCAUCGUCAUCAACCCCCGCACGACAUCCUCCCCAUCUACACCCGCUUCCUCCACCACCUCACCACCCUCAAAUACGCCCAAACAGGCUGCACCUCGCACCCCUUACACCAAAUCUCUUCGUCGCUGCACCACCUCGUCACCACGUCCGAUUUCGUAUCGCUCCACCUCUUUAUCACGCGCGCCUGGAAGCUGUGGAUUAACACGUGUCGUCAGCUACGGGGGGAGACAGACCAUGUGACUAUCCAUCUCAAGAGGGGAUAUGUGAUCCUGAUGGACCCGGAACAUGCCAUUGUCAAGAACCUGGUUAGCGAUUUUGGCGGGCUGGUGAGGCGAGAGAUGGAGAGGUGGGGGGAGGGCAAGACGACGGAGCGGAUCUUGGAGUUGGAAGGGUUAUUGGGGAGGAUGUACUUGCCGCUUUUUGAUGCGGGGGUAGUUGUUGGGCCUGGGGCUGGACAAGGAGGGACAGGAAUAGGGGCAGGACAAAGAGCAAGAGGAAUGUUGGGCGGGUUGGUGGAGCGGUUGGAGGAGAAGUAUCGGGUUCGAAACGGGAACCGCGGGGGUACCUCUAUGAUGGGAGUGGUAGCGGAUGCGGGAAGUGUUGGCAGUGGCAGCGGCAUCAGCAACAUGGUAACCACCGCACCCAGACCACCGCACGAAUGGCGCGAUCUCGCCCCAGGACAUCUGGGACAAGGACAACCCCCAUUUCCAAUCCCCAUGCAAAACUGGGAAUACCUCGAUCGCUACCUCUUCUUCUCCGCGCACCACUUCCUCGCUUCCAUUGCCGAUCACGAAGGGGACGUUUCUACUGCUAUUGCAUUACGGAGAAAGAUCCUGGUUAUGAACGGCGGCGGACUUCCUGGUGUUGGGUUAUCUGACAACAGCCAACAGCAACUUCCCUUUGGCAUCGGCAUGGGGAUGGGUACUGGUAUUAGUGGUAUGGGCAUGGGCUUGGGGCGAGGCUUAGGCACAGGUCUAGGCCUGGGAAUGACCGUAGGACCCCUAGGACCCGUAGGUUCAAUGGCCGUUGCAGCGGGGAUGGGCAUGGGAUUGCGAUCGUUAGCGACAACAAGAGGGAGGGACCAAUUCUGGGUACAAACGUCUCGCAAAAUUGAGGCCUAUCUGAGGGACAUGGGGAAGUGGGAGGAGGCGGAGGACAUUAGAGGGUUACUGAGUGAUAGGGAGCGAGAGAUGGAGAUGGAGAGGAGGGAAGUGGUGGUGCCAACGCCGUAUGGGGUGCCAGGGGCAGUAAGGAAUUCAGUACCUCUACCUCUACCUCUAAGUUCUGCGGCUGAUGGUGGUCGUCGGUCUUUAUACGCUCCUCAUAUUCACGGACUAAACAAUACAGGUUUUGGUCGGGGACUACCUCUACCGGUUCCGGUUCCGAUACCUCGUUCUGUCCUGGUGACGAUUCAACAACAACAACAACAACAACAACAACAACAACAACAACAACAACAACAACAACAACAACAACAACAACAACAACAACAACAACAAGAUGUUCACCAUGGAGGUAACAGAGGUUUUGUGGUCGAUGCAGAGAAUCUGCCUCUGCCUUUGCCUCUGUCUCUGCCAACAGACGAACAAGGAGGGUUGGAGUUCGAUGGAUUCCAUCAUGGUCAUCAGUUCGAGAGGGUACAUGCAUCAUUGGAUUUGGAGCAACAUCUGGACCUUGACCUGGAUCUGGAUCUGAAUAGUGCCGGUGUUAGUGGAAGUAGAAGUGGAAGUGGAAGUACCAGUGCUGGUGCUGGUGCUGCUGGAGCUUCUGCUGGUGGUGGAGGAGGUCACGGCAGCGGUUCGGGCGGUUUAGGUUCUUCUGAUUUUCACCAUGACCAUGGGUUGCAUGACAAUGUCAACGUCGAUGAAGACAGCAGCAGCAGAAGCAGCAGUAACAGCAACAGUAAGAGACAUAGGGUAGGUGCAGACGGACAGACAUAUGGACAGACAUACUGGGACAGGGAAGGAACAAUGGAAUAUCUAUGGAUGCUGAUAAAGAGCGGGAAAGGAGCGGAAAGGAAAGGAAAGGAAAGGAACGGUCGACGAAAGUCGGAAGUCGGAAGUGGAUGUCGGAUGGGAGUCAACAUCUGCACUGAAGAAAGAGCAUGA